UGAGACGGAGAUGGCGGCGGGUAGUCGGAGGCCUCCGUCAAUCACAUCGUCGCUGAACAAACUGACUGAGAAGGAAUCGCUGCAGCUGCACAAACGCGCCAAACCUUCAUCCGCGACCCAGCUGUUCGUCACGGACGCGAUGGCCGAGGAUUUCCCAGCGGGAGAGGGAGGAAAACCCUCCUACGUCAGCCUUGAACAGCAAGAAGAGUAUCAGUGAACUUAUGGCUGAUAACGCAUGGUAUGUCGCCGAGUCAGAUACGGAGGAUGUCCAUGAAGCAAUGAGGGAGGAAGAUUUGGACGAAGAAGUCCCGGAAGAGGAUGAUCCUCACUGCCCAAUCAUCCCGUUCAAUGAUAUGGAGAAAGCUCGUUAUCGUCGUAAAUGGCGUUCUGCCCUAAUUGUCAAAGUGUUGGGACGGACAUUUCCCUUCCCGGUGUUGUCAAAGAGACUUGAAACUCUGUGGGCGAAACAUGGUGGCCUCCAAAUUUCGAGUAUGUCGUUUGGAUUCUACGUUGUCCGAUUCACAAGUCAAAUGGACUACGAGCAGGCCGCAGUGGCGGUCCUUGGAUGAUAUGGGGACACUACCUGACUGUUAGACCAUGGAGGAAGGGCUUUGAUCCCCCGACUGCUGAGGUUGCUUCGACCAUGGUAUGGACACGCCUCCCCAAUCUCCCCCUGGAGUUUUUUUAUCAGGAAGCGAUUGAAAGAAUUGCCCAAAGGAUUGGGAGACCGGUUCGAGUGGAUCGAGCAACACUCACAGAAGAACGUACCCAAUACGCUUAAGUUAGCGUGGAAGUGGACCUGACUAAACCCCUACUCGAGAGCUAUAGAAUUGAGGGUAAGAAAUACUACAUCGAGUAUGAGGGUUUGCAUAAUAUAUGCACGGAAUGCGG